CAGCACAGUUCAGUUUCUUAGGUAACAGAAUGACAGUAAAAUAUAUCUUUGCUUGUCUGCUCAUGCUGUGUCGAGUCAGGUGUGAACAGGUGAACCUUCGUUUCUCCCAGUACCUCGACAAGAAUGGGGAAGUUCUUCUAAGCUGGGACCUUAAAAACACUACUGAUGAGAUAACCAUGGAACUGAAAAUCAACACCACUGGAUGGAUUGGACUUGGUCUGAGCAGGAGCGGUACAAAGAAUAAGUCUGAUAUGGUCAUUGGAGGAGUUGAAGAAGACAACAGCACGUAUUUCUUUGAUGCCUAUUCUAUAGGAAAUGUCCGCCCAUGGAUAGAUAUGACACAAAACUACAAUCUACUGUCCCUGACUGAAGAGAAUGGUUUUACAUGCAUGAGAUUCAGCCGCAAACUACAAACCUGUGACCCUGAAGAUAUGGACAUUACAGCUAGAACUGAAUCUAAUCCAGCAGUAGCAAGUAAUUUACAUACCAACAAUGUGUCUACUGAGCCCAGUGGUGUUUUUCAGAAUGUUAAUGUUCAACAAAAUGUGAGCAAUGCUUCUAUGGCUACAACCACGACAGCAGAAGGUUCUAUGGUUGCCAUGGAUCCUAAUAGCAACACCUCCACUAUGGCUCGGGCUGAUGGCAUCACACAGGGGAACUAA